CUCACAGCAUUUGGGCACCAUGGUUGCCUCUGCUGUCCGGAUGCGCACCCCCAGCGCCAUGUUCUUCUCCAAAGGCGCCGCCUCCUGCCUGAAGAGGCCGCAGGCCAUGCACAGAUUCAAGGAGACUCUCCAACCCCAAUUGCCUGCGUUCUCCGCCCUUUCCCGAUACUAUGCCUCCAAGUCCUUCCCUCCCCACACUAUCAUCAGCAUGCCCGCUCUGUCGCCGACGAUGACCGCCGGAAACAUUGGCGCGUGGCAGAAGAAGGCCGGUGACGGUCUGCAGCCCGGUGAUGUCCUCGUGGAAAUCGAGACCGAUAAGGCCCAGAUGGACUUUGAGUUCCAGGAGGAGGGUGUCCUCGCCAAGGUCCUGAAGGACAGCGGUGAGAAGGACGUUGCCGUCGGAUCUCCUAUCGCCGUUCUGGUUGAGGAGGGUGCCGAUGUCUUGCCGUUCGAAUCGUUCAGCCUGCAAGACGCCGGUGGCGACAAGUCCGCCGCGCCCGCUCAGGAGAGCAAGGAGGAGUCCAAGGGCGAUGCCGCCCCCGCCGCCUCGACGUCGGAGCCCGAGCCCGUUGCUCAGGAGCCCGAGACUUCGGGUGAGAAGCUCCAGCCCAGUCUGGACCGUGAGCCCGCCAUCAGUCCUGCCGCCAAGGCCCUGGCUCUCGAGAAGGGUGUCUCCAUCAAGGCCCUCAAGGGCACCGGCCGUGGUGGUCAGAUCACCAAGGAGGACGUCGAGAAGUUCAAGCCCAGCGCCUCCGCCGCUGCCGGCCCCACUUACGAGGACGUUCCUCUGACCUCCAUGCGCAAGACCAUUGCCAACCGUCUUCAGCAAUCCAUGCGCGAGAACCCCCACUACUUCGUCUCGACCACCCUGUCGGUCACCAAGCUCCUGAAGCUCCGCCAGGCCCUGAACGCCUCCGCCGACGGCAAGUACAAGCUCUCGGUCAACGACUUCCUCGUCAAGGCCUGUGCCGCCGCCCUCCUGAAGGUCCCCGCUGUCAACUCCAGCUGGCACGAGGAGAACGGCCAGGUCGUCAUCCGUCAGCACAAGACCGCCGACAUCAGCGUUGCCGUGGCCACCCCCUCCGGACUGAUUACCCCCGUCGUCAAGAACGUGCAGAACCUUGGUCUGUCCAGCAUCUCGAACCAGGUCAAGGAUCUCGGCAAGCGUGCUCGUGACAACAAGCUGAAGCCCGACGAGUACCAGGGCGGUACCUUCACCAUCAGCAACAUGGGCAUGAACGCCGCCGUCGAGCGUUUCACCGCCGUCAUCAACCCCCCUCAGGCCGGUAUCCUGGCCGUCGGUACCACCCGCAAGGUUGCCGUGCCCGUCGAGACCGAGGAGGGCACCUCCGUCAAGUGGGACGACCAGAUCAUCGUCACCGGUAGCUUCGACCACAAGGUUGUCGACGGUGCCGUUGGAGGCGAGUGGAUCAAGGAGCUGAAGAAGAUUGUCGAGAACCCUCUGGAUCUUCUUUUUCGCGCCCCCGAGAUCUCCAAGGUCUACAAGGAUGAGUCCGAAAGCACGGCGUCCCUGGUUGACGUCGACUCCCCCCACGUCACCACCGUCGAGCCCGGUUUCCUGAACCAGGACAUCAAGACGGCGACCCAGGCCGAGCGCGUGGAGCGCGAAGAGGAGGACGAAGAGAAGGAAAAGAAGGCUCGCGCCGAGCGCAAGGCCAAGGCCAAGUCCUCCGGCAUUCGCAACAACAAGAGCAACCCCGUGUACCUGACCAAUGCCGUGCUCCUGAGUGCCGUCGGCGCAGGACUUGGACUUGGCGCCUACCGAAAACACCUCGAUGGCAAGCUGUCGUGGCAGCUCGUUGGUCUGUGGUCCGGGGCUGUCGGAGCCUUCGGUGCCGUCGACUACUUCGUUAGCAAGGUACGCCAGAUAGCAGCUUCUCUUGCCUCUCUAUCACGAACGAUCGACGACUACUCGGCCCUGUCCAAGAAGGAGCUUAUUCCUGAGAAACAAGAGAAGGCAUUUGAACGAACCAAGAAAUUCCGAUCGGAGCUUGCAGACUAUCGCCAGCAUUUCGAUCAACUACGAAAAGAGAGAGAGGAUGCGCAAUCCGUGACGAAUCGCAAUGAGCUUCUCGGCCGACGACCGCACCAUACAGCCACCCCCGAGAACCCGUAUGCGCAAUCAUCACUCCCCAACCCGUCGCCGUUUGCGCCGUCUUCCUCUCGAGGCGGUCUCAGUUUUGGUGCCUCGCCGGCAGACUACAACCGGGAGACGCAUGCGCUUCGCGAACAGUCCUUCCUCGGUACCACGAACACGCAAUUGGACGAGUUCAUCGACCGGGGACGAGCGGUCCUUGCGGACCUCGGCGACCAGCGAGAGGUUCUCAAAGGUACACAGCGUCGGUUGUACAGCGUCGCCAACACUCUGGGCGUCAGCGGGGAGACGAUUCGCAAGGUCGAGCGCCGGGCGAAACAGGACAAGUGGAUUUUCUGGAUCGGAGUGCUCCUGUUCUUCCUGUUUUGCUGGGCGGUGUUGCACUUUUUGCGGUGAAUGUGAUGGGGCGAUGUUUAUAUAUGACGAAGGGUCUUAUGUAUCAGUAGUCACUCGCUAGUUUCUUUUUUCCUUUGUUGCUCUGAUUCUGAGAGUUAGUUCAAUUGGCCAGCGCCGGCGUUUGGGGGAUGAAGUAAUUGAAUCAACAGAUAUAGCACU